GCAGCAUAUUGUUCAUCCAGCCGACUAGUCUGGUGGAAUCCCUCUGGUUCUCCAGAUAUGGAUAACUAUGAAUAAUCUUUUCUUGGCCAUCGAAUCUGCGACCUGAAGCUGACUGUCAUCGUAAACUCCCGUUCCUCUUUAAGUACGGAGUACUCCGCAUUCCAUCACGUCCAGCCCCCAUUCUACCAUUUCUCGACUGGAUCGAUGAGGUGUGAAUCGAUCGAGGGAGUGUAUGCACUGGAAUCUGUAUUGAAGAUUGCUACAUUCUGAGAUAUAUCGUUUGUUCUAUCUACCUGCUCAAAAUGGGUGUCGGCCAGUCGACCGAACAUCCGGGCCAUGCAGGCAACCCAGAACACUUAAGCCAUGUGCUGGCUGAGCGCUUCGCGACCAAAUGCUUCACUCCGCUGGAGCUCACUCACUUCAAAGAUAACUUCUUUUCUCGCGCAAUAGAUCAAGGGGGCAUGAAGUACUGGAACGAGAAGAUUCUUUCGGAUUUCCUCGGUAUUCCUGACAGUAGCGAUUCCCAUUGUCCGCUUGAUGCUGGACCGGUGAUCUUCCGCAUGGUUUCGUACUUGGGCGCAUUUCCCUUUCAGAAUACAUUGGCUCCGAGUGUUCUGACCUUUGAGGCUAUGGUAAAAGUCGCAGUCUUGCUAACAGAACGGUAUGGGAGAGUUCUACGGCGAGCGCGCAAGGACCGCAUCAAACUUCUGUUCGGAAGUCUCGCUGAUGUUGGGAGGCGUGAUGUCGGCGCGUCUCCAGGCGCGGAGGAUGUACGUAAGGAGGCAGAUGAUUCUUCCGUUGUCAAAUCGCAUGUAACCGGCUUUGAAGUCGAUGCGCCUGCCAACGAUGACUACGGGGAUGAGGAUGAGGAUGAUGAUGACCUCGCCCUGGCGGCCUUGGAAUCGUUGGAUGUUAUCGAGGUGUUCAAGCAUGACUCUCGCAUCGAUAAGAAGGUCUAUGAAGCUCGAAUAUCCGUCGCUACAUUCCGUCGUCUUCUGAUGCUCUUGAUUGUCAUCGCACCUUUGAAGACCUUGGAGCCAAUGACUUCGUAUACCUCAGACCUCAACGUGGCGCGAAUGGAGAGCGUUCGAAAAGAGGCUGAUACCAUUUUGGCUGCCUUGAAUAUUGAAGACUCCGAUGGUGGUAUCAGUUACCGAUCGUUUGCACACAUUACUUCGACCGCUUUACCAUAUCUCUUUGAUCCAUUGACGCCCCUUUUCGAACAUCUUCUGUUCAGCAAGAACCUGGACAUGACCAAAAAGAGCGGAUCUGACACAAUAGUAGCAGACACGAUUGAAAAGCCGCCAGAUAGUGCACUAUCCUCUCCGUCGACAAUUAUGCUUCCUGGGAGUUUUGAAUCGAGUAUCCUCAAGCCGAGUGUUGUAUCUCAUCUUUCAUUCUUCCUCCCUUCUCCUACAUCGAACGUCAAUCUACUCCGGGGCAACAUGCGCCUGCAUCCUGUUUUCUCAACAGCUGCGCACGGUUCAUCAUUAACCUCUUUCUCUCACAACGUUCUCACGUGGAACGCUGGCACAUUACUCCUACUCGAGGGUGCUAUAUCUGAAUCAUCCGAACAUGGAGACGGCAUGGUUACGCUGGGAGCGUACCUUCCGCAGCCCUGGAAAUCUGCACCAUUGUCCCAUUCUUCAAUGAAGCCUUCCGACACCUCAGCCUUGCCCUGUCUCUUUGAACUUUCGCCAAAGCACCAGCUGUUGCAAGGGAAUCCUUCACCCUCCGUGGAAAAGCCCAACGCCCCCGUGGCAUACUUUUCCACCAGCACGGGUAUAGCGAUUGGAUGCCAGAUUCCACCCCCAUCUCGAAGUCAACUCCUUAAACCUACGCCUCUUGGAGCAGGCAGCUUGACCAUUGACACGAGUCUCGAGUCUGCAACCUUCUAUGUGUCGUCCAUCGGCCAUAAUGGCGUUUUCCUUCCCCCAGCUACUACAUCGAUGUCGGAAGAAACAGUUAAAAAACAGAUAGACAUCUACACUCUGGAAAUAUGGGGAUUGGUCCCCGAGCCAUCGGACGCAUCCUCAGCAGAGCCGAGGCAAAGUGCAGUCGAGUUGCAGCGGGCGAAGUGGGAAUUUGAAGCUCGUGAAGCUGAACGGAGACGAAACCUCAAUCUGAAAGCCGGAGCUGGGGACUCUGCAAUGGAGGGCGCGCGAUGGCUUCUGGAGACUGCUGGGUUGAUUGGUGAUCGGCCUGGACAAAGGGGUGGAAGUAUUUAAUACCACUUUCCGGGCACUGAUUUUUGUCGGCAUGAUCCAUGAUCCAUACAGAGAAUUGGUUUGAACAGUCCACUUGAAGAGAGUUCCCAGCUAUGAACAGAGUAUUGAUUCUGAGUUUCAUGAAUUCUGACGCUACAGAGGUACGACAAACAGGAUAUAUAUAAUACAUGAUUCAUGCGAGCUG